AUGCGCACAGCUGUUCCAGCGGCGUCAAAGCAAACUCCUACGCUGCAGAGCCGGCCGAGCGACAGUUUGCGCAGCGACGUCCAGCGUAACGAGAGCUUCUCAAGCGAACACUUCAGGCGAAGGAACCAGUUCAAGCGCCUCUUUCUUGCGUGCGCGCUGCGAUGGGCUGUAACGGCUGUGCUGGUUGUGGGAGCUUAUCUCGUGCUGUGGCAGUAUUCGCUGAAGGAGGCCAUGGUGACCAGGAAGAAGAAGGAGUUCAAUACCUUGAUCAUUGCGAUUUCGAUUGCGCUGGGACUGAAUAUUGCGAGUUCGAUGAAGCACAUGGUGAGGGAGCUGAGGUGGUGGGUGUUGAGCUGGUAUGAGUGGACGCCGAAAGAGGCCGAUUAUAUACUGCAGAGCGAAAAUUUCAGCAGCCUCUUCCAGCUGGGCUACGUGACGCGUCGGCAUUUGGUGAGGUUGUAUGUCUUGUUCUGGGUCUUGAUCAAUGUGGCCUCGCAAAUAGCCGUCGCGACUCUUGGCCUGACAUAUAACAUCAAUCCGGCAGACAAUAUGACUGUGACAAAGCCCGGAACCGUCGCAGUGCCAGAUAUGACCCAUAUCCAGACGAACAAAGUACUGUCGUCCAAUUCCCAGGCGAUAAGUGCUUUACGAUAUACGGCGAACAAGUACUACAUAUUUUACGAGGCAACGCCGGAUGAUCUGCCGUAUUACCAAGCGGUAGCCACGAAUCGUUCCAUCUCAACUGUAGGGACGUGUAAAGCGUGGAGAGUCUUGGAAGGGGGAGACGGGACUCAUCACACCAUCACCAUUGGGGACGCAAAUCGCACCGAGUUUACGAUUCCCGCUCUCAACGGAGCGGACCAGACGACCUUUAUGGUUAAUCCCGAUCGAGACACUGGACCAACGUGGGGACAUGUGUUUGCAUUUGAGGCGUCGGAGACGGAUCCGUGGUUCUAUAGCUGCAAUGUCACCGUAGGAGCAGUCACCAAUGUCCAGAAUCCGGCACAAGAAGUCGGCGUCAACGUAACCUCGCUUGCCGCCACUGCAAUUGCUCUCCAGGGCUACGGCGCUUCGGCCAUUGGAGUCAGCACAAACAGCACCCGACACUUUCAGUUCCAGAGCUAUCCAGCAGAGUCCUACUAUGGAGCGACUCAAGGGGGCAACACGACCGGCAUGGGCCAGCUGACGGCGGCCUUUGCGGUUGGGGUUGUCGCCAUCACGGCUCAGGUGAACACCAACGUCAACGCUCCGGGAAUGCUUCCGCUGAAGGGGAUCAAGGUAGACAUUAGCCACUGGGUCUUUGUACACUUGAUACUGGGCCUGACGGUGGGAUUGCAGCUGCUCCUGGUGGUGAUCACGGCGGCUGUGGCGAGCAGUGUGACGGUGAGGGAUCACAGCUGUGUCAGUUUGGCGGCGGCAUUGCAGCCUUUGCUUUCGAAGAUGGAUUAUCGGAUGAAUUGCGAAAAGAGAAUCUUUCAGAGGCUUGGAGAUAGGGUGAGAGUGAGCUAUGUGAAGGGCAGAGGGGGGAUAUACUAUAUAAAGGUGUCUGAUUAG